CAGCUCUCUGGCACUUGCAGGCCUCUGACUUGUGGAUUACUGGGAUGGAAAUGUCGGACACAGUCAAACCUCGAACCUCCUUCCUCAUUGAGGACAUCCUCUCCAUUCAGGACAGCACAAGGUUUAGUGGGAAAUGCUGCUCGCAGAAGAUGGAAAGAUGUUCACAGUGGAAAGAAGAAUCUGAAAAUCUGUCAGCACCGCUCUGUCCUCAGGAGGAAGCAUUUGGAGUGCAGACAGAGACUCUGGAUGCGUCCUGUCCCAGUUCCUCAGAGUCAAGUUUUUCCUCCACAGGGAAACAGAAGCGAUCCAGAGCUGCAUUUACACAUCUCCAAGUUCUUGAACUGGAGAAGAAAUUUAAUCACCAGAAAUACCUGUCUGCCCCUGAGAGGGCUCACCUGGCCAGCACCUUAAGACUGACCGAGACACAAGUGAAGAUCUGGUUUCAGAACCGGAGGUACAAAACGAAACGGAAGCAGCAAACGUCAGAGUUCUGUAAGGAUGUGUACAAAGCAGAGGGACUGAGAGAGGACUUGGUCAGAUCAUCGCUAAUAACGACUUUCUGCAAAGCCUAUCAGUACAGACCCUACCUGUGGGACUACAGUGGCCCCUGGGGCCCAGUGCUAUGGUGACACUGAAUUGAAGUGUGGAGUUAUGAUUUAUAUUCAUAUGCAAAUGCUUCGUAACCCUGAAAUUCAAGCUCUGUAUUCACCAUCAAUGUUGAUUAUUUGUUAUUUGACAUAGAUUUGGAAUCCAGUGUCUGCUCCUGUGUUGAAACUGCCCUUUAAGAUGGUUUUUCUAUUUUAAAAAAAAGCAUUAUCCAAAAAUCAUGCAAAUCGUACUGUAUGGACGUGACAUACGGGUUUGAACAGAGAGCCAGUCAUCACUGAAUUAAAGUAUGGCAUUGUUGAAUAAAUCAUGAAUAAAUUAA